AUUCUAACUCAUCACUAUAUUACUGUUACUCUGUUACUGGUACCUCUUGUUCUGUCACGGCGUCUUCUCUAUGGAUUCGGGGAUGCCGUCCAGCCCGUCUAUAUAGUUGCUUCCUUAGUAGUCAGCUCAGCUCAGGAUUCACUAGUUAGCUCGCCAAUGCCGGGCUCGCUAUCAAUUUCACAAAAUAUAUACUUCAACAGAAUCUCUUUUCAAAUAAUAUACCAGCUUUACUGGUUCAAACAAUAAUAUCAAAUAAAGAUAGAUAGUGCCACACUAUCUCCCAACAACUCAAUAACACUCAGACUACACUCACACACUUCCACACACUUCACACACACACACACACUGCACUGCCUUAAUGGCUCACAAAAAUUACUCUCUUAUAUACAAAAUACAUCCAUGAAUAAUAAUGAACUAAUAAUUAAUAAUAACUGACAAUCAAUAAGCACAAUGAAUAUAAAUCACACAUAAAUCCUCACAGUUCUCUAUGGACUAUCAACCAGUGAAGAGAUAUGGACACUCCACAGUAAAGGUAGGAGACUACCUAUAUAUGUGGGGUGGGGGUGGGUCUGGAGUAGACUAUGAUGUGAUGGAGGUGUAUCACUUACCAACUGGUGCUUGGGACCAGAAACCUACUACUGGCACCCCACCACCAGGUACCAGGGGCUACUCAAUCAUGGCUAUUGGGAAGGACAUAUAUUAUUUCGGUGGACGUGGUGUUCGUGAUUAUCAAAACAGCUUACAUUGUUUUAAUGUGGAUUCAUUGAAGUGGAGAGAACUCUCUCCUUCUAGUUCUGAUCAUGGUCCUAUGAAGAAGGCCUACUGUGGAAUGGUGUCAGUUCAUUUUGACAGUGAACACUAUCUCGUAAUAAUCGGAGGACUUGGAUCAUCUUCUACUCCAAAGCAACCUAACGCUCAGUAUAAUAAUUAUUAUGAUGAUUUGAGAUGUAAUGAGAUACAUUAUUACAGGAUUUCAUCAGAUCAAUGGAUAUCUCCUGUUGUUACUGGAGACAGACCACCUCCUAUUGAGGACUUCACUCUAACACCAGUUGCUAAUAACACUGCGGUAAUCUUCGGAGGCUAUACUGAUAAUGGAGUCAGUAAUAAACUGUAUAUGAUAAGUUUCACUAAGACAUUAAUGGAUAUAUUAGAAGUACCUAAUCCUGGAGGAUCAGUACAAUGGCCUGAGGGAAGAUAUGGUCAUUCCAGUACUAAUCUACCAGACAAUGUCACUAGGAGAUUUAGGCAUUCUCUUUCAAUGUGGAGUGUGACCCCAACUACUAACUGGAUAAUUGAGUUUGGAGGAGGUACAUCAUACAGUGAUACAGCAGUUAUUGAACUCAUAUCAAGAUCAACUAAGAAGAAGGAUACUGAGUGA